GUUUGGUGUGCUGCAUUAGCACAUGUUUUGCUCUCUCUUGGCCUGGGCAUUGGUUUGCUCAUGAACUUCUCAGCCAGAGGCGCUUUCCGGUUUACUUUGAGACGGCACUUAUGGGGAUUGGUGAUAUUGUUGGCAGUGGUAACAGCUCUGGUAUCAGCUGUGACAGUGAUCCAGCUCACUCUGCUAGCUGAUGACCGAGGGCUAGAGCCAGGGCAAGCUCUGGAAGUCAUCAGUAACAGGACACUCUACGAAGAGGCAGCUGAGGUAGAAAGUAUGGAAGAGGUUGGAAUGGCAGUGGGCACAGCAAUGGUAACAGCCUCCCAUCUACUAAGUGUGUUUCCUUUCCCCUUCACGUGGCUGCAGCAAGGGGUGUCCAGCAUGGUCUUCCUUGGAUUGUGGUGUAGUGGAGUUACAACAGUCACAGUCUGUAUUCACGCACUGAUAGCUGCCAUGCGAGAUGCUUGUGACUGUCUUCCAAGUGCUGUCUUGGCCUUCUUGAUAGCACCUGUCGUUGUAGCAGGUGCAUUGCCCACCUCUUUCAAGAGUGGAUCUGCCAUAGUAAGCUUAUUGGAUGUUGAUGUACUGACUAAGGUUGUGUUGUGGCCACCUCUUACUUUGACACUUGCAGUCACAGCUGUAUAUGGUAUACACAAAGUUCGCAAAGACUUCACCUUUAUGCUUGAGGCAACAGUGUCUUGGCUCUGGGCACCUGUAUGGGGUGUAUUCAUCCCUUUGACACUUCUGAGUGUUGUUGUAUGGUCAUGUGUCAUGGACAGCCAACAUGUUGCUGUCACUGAUGGACCUGCUUGGCGGAUUGCGGUUGUGUGGGGACUUUGUGCACUGGUCCUGCUACCUGUUCCUAUCACUGCUAUUUAUGUUGUAAAAUCACAACUUGCUUAUGGCGUUAAAGAUAAAGUGGCAUCAUCUCUGCAGUCGUCACGAGAAUGGGGUGACUGGGGACCUCAAGACCCCAUUGAACAUCAUAACUGGCGAAGAUGGAGAGAAGAUGAGACACGUCCUAUCACUUCCCUUAAACGACGCUUUGCCAACCGUCCUUUGACCUACACGCACUCCACCCUCAGCAGUGAGUCCUCGUCCACAUUAACUCGCCUCAGAAAUAAGUAUCAGAGGAAUGGCACAGCAAGCAUUCUCUGACCUCAGUGAUCCAAAUAUUUCACAAGUAUAUAUUCGCAUUUAUUUUAUUUUAUUUUUCUCUCAUUUUGUCUGUUGCUGAUUGCUAACAAUUCCCUUUCUUUGUUAUUUUUUUUAUACUAACCCUUACAUGUAUGUAGCCAGUAUGUGUUGUUCUUUUCUUUUUGUUUCAUUUGCACUAUAUUCUCAUGAUGACUGUUUUGCUUUGUUGUUUCUUUUUUGUCAGAUUGUUUGUAUUUGUGUUUAAAUAUUAUGCCUUUCUGAGUUGUCUUUUGAUGUGAAUAUGUUUCAAAUGAAUAGAAACUUUAUUACUUUGUGUUUGGAGUUCAGGCUUUUUUUUUAUAUAUAUAUAUAGUGGGGUGGUUCUUGUUUUCUUCAAACAAUUUUCUACAGUUUCCCUAUAAAAUAUGUAUCUGGGCUAAAUUAAUCAAACAAAUAAACAAAAAUCUUCAGUCAUUAUGUAGGCUAUGAGAAAAUGGUGUUCAGGUAGCAAAUUUGCUAUACAAAUCAAUGUUUGUAAAGAUGUUUAGUUCACAUCAUGGAAAAGAUGUCAUUCUAUGAUAAGGUUGUAAAAAGCACAAACACUAUAACUUUGCUAAUUUACAGAUCUCAUCAAAGCAUCAAUUUGUGUCUGUGUCUGAGGCAAAAGAAAGGCCUUUGGCCAUUAUGUGAAUCUUGCUCUGCUAAAGGAAGUUUCUAGUAAUCAAGAGUAAUUUCAUGCAUUUUUAUAUAUUUUUACAAGAAAAGAAGACACUCCUAGUCAUCAGAAAAAUUAAUUAGAGGUUAUUUUGGUCAUUUAGUGUGAUCAUGGAUGACAGCAUAAAGAGCCAAAAGUUGAAUAUAUAUCCAGAUUAAUUCCAGUGUAAUGUGCUUCAUUUCAACUGUGUUCGAGAAUUAAAUACCAGCUGAAAAAUUAAUGUUUUGCUUCAUGUCUGGUUAUUACAAAUACAUGUAUGUCGUCAAGUUCAAGACAAAAUAGAUAAAUUGUGAAAUAUAUGAUAUUAAUCUAAUUAUUUUCUUUUUUGGAUUGUUGAAAAUAUCUAUAUUUGCAUUAAGUGAAAGAUC